AUGGGAUCCGACGAAUACCAGCCGCCAUCGACCGACAUCAUCACCCUCACCCGCCAUGUGCUGACCGAGGGCUUCAAGCUGCGCCAGGAGAGCGCCGCAAGCGGUGACCUCACCAUCCUCCUCUCGUCGCUGCAGACUACCUGCAAAUUUAUCGAGAGCAUGGUGCGAAAGGCAAGCCUGAUCAACCUCAUCGGCGCUGCCGGCAACACCAACGUCCAGGGCGAGGACCAGAAGAAGCUCGACGUCCUCUCCAACCAGAUCAUGAUCAAUUCGCUGCGCGCCUCGGGCAAGGCAGCCGUGCUCGUGUCCGAGGAGGACGACGAGGCCAUCUUUAUCGGCGAGCGCGAGGAGGGCGGCACCUUCGAGUCGUCCAAGGGCAAGUACUGCGUCGUCUUUGACCCGCUCGACGGCUCGAGCAACAUCGAUGCCGGAGUCAACAUCGGCACCAUCUUUGGCGUCUACACGGUCAAGGAGGGCUCCAAGGGGACGCUCGACGACGUGCUGCGACCGGGCAGGGAGAUGGUGGCCGCCGGCUACUGCAUGUACGGCUCGAGCGCCAACAUGGUCCUCACCACGGGCAACGGCGUCAAUGGAUACACGCUCGACAACGGCAUCGGCGAGUUUAUCCUGACGCACCCCAACAUCACGCUGCCCAACCGCGGCAAGAUCUACUCGAUCAACGAGGGCAACAGCGCCUACUACCACGAGCCCGUGCUCAAGUACCUCGACAGCAUCAAGUUCCCCAAGGCCGAGGGCGCCAAGCCUUACUCGGCGAGGUACAUCGGAUCCAUGGUGGCCGACGUCCACCGCACCCUCCUCUACGGCGGCAUCUUUGGCUACCCGGGUGACAAGAAGAGCAAGAACGGAAAGCUCCGCAUGCUCUACGAGGCAUUCCCGAUGGCCUUCUUGACGGAGCAGGCCGGCGGCGUUGCUACGACCGGAACCGAGAGGAUCCUUGACAUCCAGCCGACAGAGAUCCACCAGCGCUGCCCCGUCUUCCUUGGCUCCAAGGACGACGUCGAGGACCUCAAAAAGUUCUACCAGCAGUAA